AUGCGUGAGAUUCUUCACAUACAAGGAGGCCAAUGUGGCAACCAGAUCGGAGCUAAGUUCUGGGAGGUGGUGUGCGCCGAGCACGGGAUCGACUCGACGGGGAGGUACGGCGGUGACAACGAUCUGCAGCUUGAGAGAGUGAACGUGUACUACAAUGAGGCGAGUUGUGGACGGUUUGUUCCUCGGGCCGUGCUCAUGGAUCUGGAGCCCGGAACCAUGGACAGUGUCAGAUCUGGGCCGUAUGGUCAGAUUUUUAGGCCUGAUAACUUCGUGUUUGGACAGUCCGGUGCCGGAAAUAACUGGGCCAAGGGACACUACACCGAAGGAGCUGAGUUGAUCGACUCCGUCCUCGAUGUUGUCAGGAAAGAGGCUGAGAAUUGUGACUGCUUGCAAG